GGACAGUGUAGUGAAAAGACCAAAUGGCUUCUAAACUUGAAGAGGAUCUCUGCUGUCCUGUGUGCUGUGACUUCUUCAAGGAUCCUGUCAUUUUGACCUGUGCUCACAGUGUGUGUAAAGCCUGUCUGCAGCAGUUCUGGGACACCAAAGGAUCCAGAGAAUGUCCCUACUGCAGGAGAAAGUGCUCAAAGGAAGUUAACCCUCCUAACAUGGCUUUAAGGAACCUGUGUGAGACAUUUUUACAGGAGAGAAGUCAGAGAGCUUCAGCAGGGUCUGAGGUGCUCUGCAGUCUGCACAGUGAGAAACUCAAGCUCUUCUGUCUGGAGGAUAAACAGCCUGUGUGUUUGGUGUGUCGAGACUCCAAAAAACACACCGGCCAUAAGUUCCAUCCUAUAGAUGAAGCAGCACUUGACCGCAAGGAGGAGCUCAAGAUCAAAGUGCAGACCUUACAGAGGAAACUGAAGACUUUUAAGAAAGCUAAACUCACCCAUGAUAAAACAGCAAAACACAUCAAGACUCAGGCCCUAAACACAGAGAGGCAGAUCAAGGUGGAGUUUGAGGAGCUUCACCAGUUUCUACGAGAUGAAGAGGCCGCCAGGAUAGCUGCUCUGAGGUUGGAAAACGAGCUGAAGAGUCAGAUGAUGAAGGAGAAGAUUGAGAAGAUGAGCAGAGAGAUCUCAUCUCUUUCAGACACAAUCAGAGCCAUAGAAGGGGGGAUGGGAGCUGAUGACAUCACAUUCCUGCAGGAGAGGGUUUCAGGAGCUCUGAUCAAUGUGGCAAAACACCUGGGCAACCUGAAGUUCAGAGUCUGGGAGAAGAUGCAGGAGAUUGUUCAAUACACUCCUGUGACUCUGGAUCCCAACACUGCAGACCCACAUCUCAUCCUGUCUGAGGAUCUGACCAGUGUGAGACGUGAUGUUGAGAUACAGCAGCUUCCUGAUAACCCAGAGAGAUUUGAUUACUAUACCAGUGUCCUGGGCUCUGAGGGCUUUAACUCAGGGACUCACUGCUGGGAUGUAGAGGUUGGGGACGUUAAUUACUGGGACCUGGGAGUGAAGACAGAGUCUAGUCAGAGAAAGGGAGGGAGUGUCCUCAGUGGAGCCUGGUUUGUGUAUCAUAAUAAUGGUGCAUAUAAAGCACUCUCUCCAUCCCACCCAGACACUCCCCUCACAGUGAAGCAGAAAGCCCAGAGGAUCAGAGUGCAGCUGGACUGGGACAGAGGAGAGCUGUCAUUCUCUGACCCUGAUAAUAACACACACCUGCACACUUUCACACACACUUUCACUGAGAGAGUCUUUCCAUACUUUUGGACUUCCUUAGACGUCCCUCUUAGGAUUUUACCAGUAAAAUCUUGCAUAACGCUGAAGCAUCACAGUUAGAGCUCAUACAGCCUCUGUCUUACCAUGGAUGAUAAGAAUGCAAAACCCUGUUAGUAACACACAUCUAUAACAUCUAUUAGUCAUAGCUAAUUACCUGUCUUCAACAGGACUGGAAGCAAGCACACAAACAAUGUAGGUGAAUGUCUGUUCUCUCACCACUUAAUUUCAAUUAAUUAUUUUAAAUGUUCAUUAUUUCUUCCUUUGUUUUCAAAAGAGUUUUUGUCAGAAGAGUCAGAACCCAAAACAAAAUAAAAUGAAAAUCUGUCCAGCCAGUGUCACCGUGGUUACUCAGAGCUGAUGUGUUGUGUAUUAUUACCAAGACAGCAUUUCAUUUUACUAAAUAAUUUACAUUUAUUCUAAUCUCUGACAGCAUUUAACUUUACUGAAUCAUUUUGACUUAUUCUAAUCUGUUAGCAUUUAACUUUACCAAAUGAUGUACACUUAUUAUAAUCUAUCAGUCACCUUUUGUAUUUGAUCAUCUGGCCUCAUGUAUGAAUAUUGUUUUGUGAAUUAAAAUCUGAGGUCAGCCUGUGAGUGUGCGUGUGUUUGUGUGUGUGUGUGUGUGUGUGUGCGUGUGUGUGUGCGCACUUCAAUCUGAACUUGAUUAAGCUCAAUGACAGUUGUAGAAAUCUUAAGAGAAAGUCCAGUCCUAUAUGAUACAAAUAUGAUACAUAGAACAAAGAUGAUACAUGAUACAUAUGAUACAAAGAACAAAUAAUUAGUUACUGUAUCCCAGUUGUUUGUUAAACAGAGGUUGAAGAUGCCAACUACAAUUGUUUAAAUGUAUGA